AUGUCCGACAACUUGCUUGAUCGUCAGAAGAGGGUAAUCACCAAUGCUAUCGACUCGGUGCAACCCCCAUCGAAAUACAAAUGUCUAGUGAUGGACGUGGACGCAGCCAAGAUCGUGGCCCAAGUUCUCGACGAACACGAGAUUCUCGAUCGAAACGUCGCCACGGUCGAAAAGCUCGAGCAGAAACGAGCGACCCAGAACUACAUUGACGCCAUGUACAUUAUUCGACCCACAGCUCUGUCUAUAGACUGCAUGAACGCAGACUUCACCCGGGUGCCCAACCGAUAUGCUGCAGCACACGUUUUUCUGCUUCCAGACCCCAAUAUGGCAGAUAUCAUGCGACGAAUUAAAAACCAGCGAGUUGGAGGCCAUCUCCGAACUCUCCAGGUCCUAUACAUUGACCACUAUCCCCUCGAACAAUGCAUUUUCUCCUUCAAGCAGCCGCAGAGCCUGGAGAUCUUCUACAACCAAAACUGCUUUGAUCUGGUGCAGAACUACGUCUCCCAGGUCGCUGGACAGCUUGUUGGCCUUUGCACAGCAUUCGGAGAGUAUCCCAUUGUUCGAUUCUACAAACCCGAUGCUCCUCUGAACGAAACAUCUGUUCUUCCUUACAUGAUUGCCUCGGCGUUCCAUCAGGUUCUCGAUGAGUACGCUCGAACUAAUUCAGACUUCCCUGUGAUUGACGAGUCACGUCCUCGAUCGGUAUUUCUCAUCACUGACCGAACCAUGGACGUUAUUUCUCCCCUGGUUCAUGAAUUCACCUACCAGGCAAUGGCCUAUGAUCUGCUUAACAUUGUGGAGGGCAAUGUGUACAAGUACGAGCGAAUGGAAAAGGGAGAGACCAUCAAGACGUCUGGAAAACUCACGGACAAAGACACUGAGUGGGUCUCUCUACGUCACUUACACAUGCAGCAAGCCAUUGAGCUGUUUACUGCGCGACUGGAGAAACUGAAGAAGGACCACCCCCAUUUGGCCGACCAGUCCACUCAGGCGUCUGUUUCAGAUCUCCAGGAUAUGGUCGCGGGUCUUCCCAUGUUUGCGGAAAUGAAGGAACGGUUCUCUUUGCAUCUGUCCAUGGCGGGCCAGUGUAUGGAUCUGCUGCAAAAGUCCAAUCUCAUGGACGUUGCCAACAUUGAACAGACGUGUGCGACUGGAGUUACAGCAGAUGGACGAAAACCCAAGACUCUCACCGACGAGUUUGUCGAGAUGAUUGCUUCCGAUGAGGUGGCUCAGAAGGACAAAGUCCGUUUGGUGCUACUGUACUGCCUUUAUCGAGGCGGACUGGUUGAGGGAGACCUGGAGAAGCUCGAGAAGCAUGCUGGUCUCAAAGAUAUUGAUCUGGAGGUGAUUCGAAACCUGACUCUUCUUGAAGGACGAGUUACAAAGCCAGAUCUGAACAAAAAGACCGCCAAGAAGACCCCCAAACCCACCACCUUCCACUCGGGAGCUACCGGUGAUGUCUACGAGACAUCUCGGUUUGUUCCUGGACUGAAAAACGUAGUCGAUCAGCUCAUUCAGGGUACUCUUCCCGCCUCCAUUUUUCCCUACACCAAAGAUGAGCCCCUUGACGACGAGGUAGAUAUGUCUGCGAAAGCUUCGUUACGUAACCCUCGUCAGAGAGCAGCCUGGGCGAAGUCCGCUCAGUUCCAGGCUCCCCGACAGCGUAUUUUUGUGUUUGUGGCCGGUGGUUUCACCAUGUCUGAGGCUCGAUCUGUCUACGAGCUGAACGAGCAGUACAACAGCAAGAGCAUUUUCCUGGGAGGAAACGAUAUUGUGACUCCCGGCUCGUUUUUGGCGUCUCUUUCGCGAUUGCGUGCUCCUCGAGACAAGCUGCGCCUGAAGCAAGACGAGCCCAAGAAGACUCGAGCUCCCGCAUUUCUCAUGGAGCCCGAUGGAAUCAACAAACCUGUUGCUCCUGCGCAGGCUGCCCAGUCAGCUAACAGGGCUGGAGGUCCUCCUUUGCCCACAGCUACCAGCACUGGGGUCAGCAACAUGCCCAAACCCAGGUCUGUGUCGCCUGCUGUGCCUGACGCGUCUUCUGUUGCUGCUGCAGUAGACACUCCCGAGGCUCCGGAAGAGGAAAAGAAGAAGAAGAAGAGUGGAAUCAAGAAGUUGAAAAAGGUCGGCAAAUUCUUCAAGUAG